UGGAAGAAGAUAGGCACGCUCUCUCCUCCUCUAGGUAUGAGUCUAGUCCUAACAGGGCCGAACCCUUUGCAUGGGUUCCCUGUGGGGUUUAUAUAGGCCUACCCCCAGGGGUACAAUGGUAAUCUGCCUGGGUGUAGGGCCCGGUCAUCAUUCUCUCUGGUCGCCGGCCUCUUGGCCGACAGCUGGGACCCGCCGCCUGGUGGGCCCCGCCGCCUGGUCUAGUAUGGAGCCGACAAGCCACUCCCGCCGCUUGCGGGUCUUGCCGGCUGCUGAUCACUGUAGCUGUAACGCUAAUGACGCAGGCUUGGUCAGGGAGGCGUGGCUACAGUCCAGCCACCUGGUGGGCGAUCACUGUUGCCACUCUGUGUCUCAUCUGCUUGAUGGCGCGUGGGGCCCAAGGGAGGGAUUGGCUGCCUGCUGGUAGCCGGCUCCUCCGAGGUCCGGCUGCCCCAGCCUCCUCCGACUUCAGGGCUCUGGCUGCCAUAUAGGGCCCACCGUCUGCAAGCCGUACCUGACAGGCCUUCGUGGGAACAGGACUCCGCUUGUCAGGUGCGACGUGUGGGAGGAGAGGCAACAGUGUCGCGUCAUACGGAGAUCUCCGUCUGAACGGGGCACUGUGGCCAUGCCCGUCCCUGGAUUCGGGGGAAGGCUCGCACUGUAGCCGUACCCCGUCUUGUCUUCUUAAUGGGGGUGCAGACUUUGAGGGCUCCAUGAGCCGACUGCUAGGAGCCGGCCUUUCUGGAGGCCGCUUGCUAGGAGUCGGCCUGUCUUGGAGUCGCCUUCCUGAGCAUGGCCGUCUUCUGGCAGUCAGCCAUUCUGCCAGCCGGCCACCAAAAGGCGGCGCUUCAUCUUGCCGUCUUGAGGGGCGCAGCCGGCCCCGAUGUUUUUGAAAGGCUCGGGGCCUCGGGUUAGGCUACCUGUGGCCCAUUACUCCGAUAGCAGUCUCCGAAGCUGGGAGAGGGGCCGCGGUUGAGGAGCCGGGGAGCCUCAACAGUUUCCUCUGCUGGGAUUUUGAAUGCGUGAUGGGAAUCAGGCGGCGCGCUUGAUAAGUUUCUUUGUCUGCCGUCUGUUGCGAGCAUGCCAUGUGGCGCUGGCCGGCCGGGUCGGCCUGCCAGCCCACGCGCAUGACGAGACGCAACCGCAGGCCGGGCCCACCACCACCGGGCCUCGGGCAGCGAGCGGAUCCGCGGCGGCCGAGGUAGGCGGUUGGGCUUCUCCGUGGAGUUAAUGCGCGCAAUAUUCGCGCGGUAAAGGUGGGGGCUGUGGGGUCAUGGGAACAGUUAAUCCCAUGUUCCCAUGCCCACCCCCUCGGUUUCGUAGCCCACAGGCUAUAAGUAGGGGGAGGAGAGGACGCGGGAACGCACGUGCGCCCCUCCGCCCCACUCUUUCUUCCACUUCUCCUUCUCCUUGGGCAGCGCCCGAGCCUUGCCGAAGCGCUGCCGCAGCUUGUCUCCAUCGAGCUCGUCCGUCAGCCCCUCGUUCUCAUGGCGCACUCCAGAUCCUGGGAUGGCUGCACAGUUCACGAGGACCACAUCGAGUUCCUUCGUCAGACGCGACGGCUUCCUCGCGCGGACUACAUGGGGGUUCGUCUCGUGCCGAAGGGGGAGAUAUCGCCGGCGCCGGAGGAGGGCGAGCGGGUCAUCUUCUGCUCGCACUGCCUGCGCGGCCUCGGCCUACCGGCGAGCGGCUUUCUCCGAGCCUUCCUCGAAUUCUACAAUCUCCAGCCGCACCACCUCACCCCGAACACGGUGGUGCUGUUGUCCGCCUUCGUCACCUUGUGCGAAGGCUUCCUCGGCGUCCUCCCCACCAUCGAGCUCUGGGGGAAGUUCUUCUACACCAACCUUGGCACCGUCAUCGCGGGGGUGACGGCUCAGUGCGGUGCCUUCAUCGCGGUGCGGAGGCCGGGGGCCGACAAUCCAUUUCCUCCCAUCACGCUGAUCCAAUCGGUGAAGUUGUGGCAGCAGUCAUACUUUUACGUGAAGAGCAUCUUUGCGGAGGGUGACUGGGUCAAGCUGCCGGCCUAUGUUGCCGGCCCGCCGACUGGGAAGCGGCCUAACUGGUUGUACCGGGCCAAGACACUGUCGCCUUCAGGAGCCGCUGCCGUCGCACGGCUCCGGGUGAUGGUACAGUCAGAGGGCCUGACCAGGUCCGACUUGUUUUCCGCCUUCGUGGCACGCCGGGUGCUCCCGCUCCAGGGCCGCUCUCACAUGAUAAGUCAGAUGAGCGGUCAUCGGGAUCCAAGCCGGCUGUGCACCAAAGAUAUGCCUCAUGCAGAGGUAGCUCACAUGGUGAACUACCUUGCGAACUGCAAGCUCAUGGAGGAGUGGCAGUUUGGCAAGGAGCCGUAUUCCCAUGCCAACCCGCCGCCAAUGAGCGCCCUCCUCCAGCCGGCAGCCGGCGCCGGAGGGCUGGAGCGCCGGUUUCUCCCGGACCGAGCGGAGAGCGACGUAGAUGACCCCAACUUGGGGGCGGCGGCUUUGGAGGACGACGCCGAGGGAGGAGCCAGCGCCACGGGUGGCUCGGGGAUCGGAGCCAGCCUCGAGGGCUGGCCAGAUGACGACACGGGGGAAGUCGUCCCGCGUCGCCAGCCGGGCUCCGACCAGCAGGGCGCGAGCUCGACUGGCACGCCGGUAGCCUGAGGUGGCGCGCAUAAGCGCAGAGCCGCGCCGAGCCUGUUUGGCAGCCGGCCGAAGAAACCCAGGGGCUCGGCUGCGGCGACCAAGCGGGACGAAGCGACCGCGAAAGCCGACCGCUUUCGCAAGGUGGUGAAGACGCCACCGCUGGUUUCUGCGCAAGUUUUGACCUCCUUCGUACUUCCUCCUUUCUUGCCGAUCUCAUCUGAGUCUCCUUUACUUCGUUCCUCUUGAUUUAGGGCCCCGCUUGUUCUUGAGAAGUCGGCCGCCGCCUCCAUCGUGUGGUCGGCGGAGACCUCCACCACCACCCGGCGGAUCAAUCUGGCCGCCGACCUCUGGGAGGUGACGGAGCAGAACGCGCGGGAGGCGUGCGAGGAGGCCGCCCGCCUGGAGAAGGCGGAGGCGAACAAGGCGGAGGCCGCCGCCCUGAAGAACCUGGCGGAGGCCGAGGCCGCUGAUGCGGCGAAGAAGCGGACUGAAGAAGCCGCGCGCCGUCAGUCGGCGACGUUCGUUGUCCCCGUGAACUCUGUGCCACCACCAUCGGAGUUUGUGGCGCAGACGGGGGAAACCGGCGGCGAGCACCCUAUUAUGGAGACGGAGGGAGGCGACGCCGCCAUUCCAGAUGUAAUCGUGCCCCAGCGACCACCUUCUGAGGAGGCGCGAGACAAGCAGCCGGCCGACCCACCGGUGCCACCGGCCGGAAAUGAGAUGGUGACGGGCCCGACUCCCAGGACCCGCACACCCUUGUGCCGCCGGCCUGCGAAGGCGGCCUCGGCGCCACGCCCACUGGAGGUCGGCACCGCGAGCUCCUCCAUCCUGGACACCGAGGCGACUAGCACCGCUCCCGCUGGAUGGGCGCGGCGAGGCGGGACGACCCACCUGAACAAGGCGGUCCUAGAGGUCCAAGCCAAACUCCGCGCCGAGGCUGAUGCUCUUAAGCAUUGCAACAAGGCGUUCCUGGAGUCGCGAGAGGCCAUCCGGGUAUACCUCUUGCUCCUUUAUUUUCAAUUUUUGUAUUGCUUCGUGCGGGCGCGCCAGCGCACCCACUGGGUGUAGUCCCCGAGUUCGGGGCCGGCUGCUGAGCAGGCGGCCCGGAACUCUAAUUCGCAAGCUCCGAGUACUAUACAUUCGCUGCAGGACUAUCAUAACCUCUGCACGUCCGCCUUCAACUCUAGAGUCCAGGAGUUGGAUCAACAUGCCGCCGACUUGUCGGAGAGCCGGAAGGCCAACGCCAUCCUUCAACAACAACUGGGCGAAGCCAACGCCGCGUUGCAUGCCAAGGAGGU